AUGAGACGACGAAAACUUUUCGCUGAUGGAGUGGUACGAUCCAAACCGAAAACAAAAUCUAGUGCGCCGGACAAAGACUAUGGCUUAGCAGAGCCUUCGGAUGACCCCUUUAGUCUCAGCCCAGAAGCUUUUGCUGAAAAAAAAACAGCAUUUUUAAAAAAUCUGGAUGAUGUCGACAUAGACGAGGUUGAACUGCAGAUGACGAGAGGACAGAGUCAAUGCGAUGCAUGGAGAAACGAGGGUCGAAAAAGAUUAACAGCGUCUAAGUUUGGAGAAAUAUGUAAAAUGAGAGAGAACACUAGCUGUAAAAUCAAAGUCCAUAACAUUUUAUAUAAGUAUCCGACAAUGUGUAAAUCAAUGAGCUAUGGUAUUGAAAUGGAGCCUCAUGCUAGGAGACAGUUUGAAGAAUUGAAAGGGUUGGACGUACGUACUUGUGGUUUGUUUAUUGACCGAGAAUUCCCUCAUUUGGCUGCAAGCCCUGAUGGAUUAAUAGAUGAUGAUGAAAUACUAGAAAUUAAGUGUCCAUUUGUAGCAAAAGAUACAAAGAGUGCCAUUGAAGCAGUGGAAAAUAAAUUGCUAUCAUAUUGCACCAUCAAUGAACAAGGCAAUAUUUUACUUAAAAAAGACCAUAUAUACUUUUACCAAGUGAUGGGUCAAUUACGGGUAACAAAAAGAAAUGUAUGCUAUUUUGUCAUACACACGCCCAAUUGGACUAAUGUUGAAAAAAUCUAUUUUUAUUUAUCUUUUUGGCAGAAUAAAAUGGUCGAUAAACUAAAAUUGUUUUAUAUUGAGUGUUUAUUACCCGAGAUCAUAGACCCUCUAUAUGGAAAGCGAAUAAGUAUCUCUGAUAUAAGAAAACCAAAACAUAUUUUAAAUGCAAAAAAAAAAAAAUUAACGGUAAUUGCUCAAAUGGUUUGUUCAGUUGCUUUGGAUAGUCAUGUUUUGUUUUCUGUUUACAGAAUUACCUUUUAA